AAAUUAUCUUCUACGAUCUGUACACUGAAGCACCUAGCAAUAGGUUGCAAAAUUUGUGAUAUUUCCUUAUUAAUAUGAGAGACAAGGGAAAUUCUCUCCCUUGUUUUUUAUUUCUGUAGUCAGAUGUAUGUCAUAGCAUAAGGCCAUCUAUGCCAUAUAUGUCACAAUUCAUACAAAAGAUACGCGAUAAGUGAAUAGUCGCUUGUGCUCUCGGUCUACAAUCAGAACUAUCGACAACUGUCAUAGUUUUCUCGAUACUUUCCCAUCACCUAUCAGCUGCAUCUUUUAGGAUUGGUCAGAGAUUUUGUUAGGAAUAGUAUGUAGUCUGUGCUGUGUUGUUAGGUUAAGAAUUUCACAUGUGAACGUAAACAUAGAAUAUCCCCCGAACGUAAACAAUAAUUACAAUGAGUUCUGCAAGCAAGGUUGGAGAAAUUUUUACAGCGGCAGGUCAAGCAUUUAACAGAUUGGGAGACCUCACUAUGCAGCUGCAUCCUCAUUCGGAGUCUCCAAGUGGAAAGUGGACGGAUGAAGAAAUUGAAAUGCUGCGCCAAGUUGUUAAGCAAUUCUCUGACGGAUUAAAUCAAAUAAGUGAGCACAUUAAAAGACGUACUGUAUCCCAAAUUAGGACAGCCCUCAAGAAGAAAGCAUUUGAGGAUGCAGGCUUGCCGGUGAGACAGGUCACGACUGUAGCUCAGUCACAAUCCACUUUGGUAGGUCAAACGACUCAACCAUCUCUCAUGAAGCAAGAAGUAACACUGAAUAUGCUGAAUGCUGCCGAAUCCGAAGUGGACGUUGAAGGAUUACAUGAAGAGGUAAAACUCGAAUUUGAUGGCAGCAAUGAGGAAGUUUCAACAUAAAUAAAUAUAUAAACGAUUCGUAUUAUUUGAACUAUUUUUCUUUCUAUUGUAUAUCGAAAGACUCAAAUUUUAACUGCAUGUGUGCACAAA